UACCAUGGGGGUCAGACAGUGGCUGGUCUUUCUGCUGCUGUUGCUGCUACUUAUGGGGGGCCUAGGGCAGCCUAUGUGGCCAGCCCUUGUGGCCCUGGUCCUGCACCGGCUCCUGGGAGACCUCACAAGCUUUGGGCUGCUCGGCCUGGUGGUACUGUCUUGGCCUUGGAUUAACCCCUGGAUGCCCCACUGGCUGAGCCUGGCUGUGGCGGCACUUACACUGACUCUGUUGCCUCCAAGACUCCCCCCAGAGUUACGCUGGCUGCCUGUAGAUGUGGGCUACGUGAUCAAGAUGCUCCGCCUGGGCCUAUACAUCAGGACACGCUUGAAACGAAAGCCUCCUGACACCUUUGUGGAUGCCUUUGAACGGAGAGCACAAGCACAGCCUGACCGGGUGUCUGUGAGGUGGAUAGGGCCUGAAGCCUGUUCAGUUACCAUGGGCCAGCUGAACGCCCGGGCCUGCCAGGCAGCCUGGGCCCUGAGGGCUGAACUGGGUGGUCCCGGGGGCCUGAGGGCCAUGGAGCCAGUGGCCCUCUUGGUUCAGGGUUCCUGGGCAAUUCCUGCUCUGAGCUUGUGGCUGGGGCUGGCCAAGCUGGGCUGCCCGACAGCCUGGAUCAACCCACAUGUGCGCGGGCCACCCCUGGUGCACUCAGUGACGGUUUCUGGGGCCAAGGUGCUGCUGGUCAGCCCAGACCUCCAGGAGAACCUUGAGGAGGUUCUUCCUGAGCUCCGAGCCCAAAACAUCCGCUGUGUCUACAUCAGCCACAGGACCCCAACCCUGGGUGUUGGGGCUCUGGGAGCGGCCUUGGAUGCUGCACCCUCUGACCCAGUGCCUGCCCACUUGCGUAAGGAAGUCACAUGGCGAAGCCCUGCCCUAUUCAUCUAUACCUCAGGGACCACAGGGCUCCCCAAACCAGCCAUCAUCUCUCAUGAGCGGGCACUGCAGAUGAGCACACUGAUAUCCUUCUGUGGGGCCACAAGGGACGACGUAGUCUACAAUGUUCUGCCUCUGUACCACUCCAUGGGGCUUAUUGUCGGACUUCUCGGCUGCUUAGAACUCGGAGCCACCUGUGUCCUGGUCCCCAAGUUCUCGGCCUCCUGCUUCUGGGAUGACUGUCGGCAGCAAGGCGUGACUGUGGUUCUGUAUGUGGGUGAGGUCCUGCGGUACCUAUGCAAUGUUCCCCAGCGGCCAGAAGACAGGAUGCAUACAGUCCGAAUGGCAAUGGGCAACGGGCUCCAGAAGGACGUGUGGGAAGCCUUCCAGCAGCGUUUUGGUCCCGUUCGGAUCUGGGAAUUAUAUGGCUCCACAGAGGGCAACGUAGGCCUAAUCAACUACCCAGGGCGCUGCGGGGCGGUGGGCAAGACGAGCUGCCUCCUUCAGAUGCUGUCUCCCAUGGUGCUCGUGCGAUUUGACACGGAGAAGGCCGAGCCGCUGCGGGACACAAGGGGCUUCUGCAUCCCUGUGGGUCCAGGUGAGGCCGGCCUCCUGUUGACCCGGGUGCUGGACCGCAGCCCCUUCCUGGGCUACCGCGGUCCCCGGGAGCAGUCGGAGCGGAAACUGGUGCGGAACGUGCGGCGCGCGGGCGACGUCUACUACAACACCGGGGACGUGCUAGCUGCGGACCGUGAGGGCUUCCUGUACUGGCGCGACCGCCUGGGGGACACCUUCAGAUGGAAGGGUGAGAAUGUGUCCACGCGGGAUGUGGAGGCCGUACUGUCCCGCGUGGACUUCUUGCGGGAAGUGAAUGUCUACGGCGUGUCUGUGCCAGGCUGUGAGGGUAAAGUGGGCAUGGCUGCCGUGCAGCUGGCCCCCGGUCAGGCUUUCGAUGGGCAGAGGCUCUACCAGCAUGUCCGCACCUGGCUCCCUGCCUACGCUGCUCCCCACUUCGUCCGCAUCCAGGACGCCCUGGAAAUCACAAGCACAUUCAAACUAGUGAAGUCCCGCCUGGUGCGUGAGGGCUUCGAUGUAGGGGUCAUCACUGAUCCCCUGUUCAUACUGGACAACAAAGCCCAGGCCUUCCGGCCCCUGACAGCAGACACGUACCAGGCUGUGUGUCAGGGUUUGUGGAAGCUUUGACCUGGCUAGCCCACAAGACAUCCAACGGAGCUGAGGCUAACACCCCAGGAUCACUUCCACCCCGUUCCUGUACCAAGUUCUGAGCCCGAAUGCAUAAGGGUACCAGAACAGUGAAAAUAAACAAUGUAUACAUAGAA